AUGCUAGACACUUUGCAUAAUGUAAGACAGAAUCAGUCACUCCCCUGUGCAAGAUGCCAAAACGACGGGGCUUUUACUGUGCGGACCGAGCGCCUUUGCAAAGACUGCUUCAUCAAGUACGUGACCACCAAAGUAAUCAAGAGGCUCGAAGCAAACAAGGUCCGUGGUGGGUACGGUGAGAAAGCCAGCAAGAUUCUCAUUCCCAUAUCCUUCGGCAUUUCAUCCAUAUCCUUGUUACAUGUUCUAGACGUACACCUACAAAAACGGCAAGGCAAGGGUCGACAUGCUGGCCUCUCUGUUCAUCUGCUAUUCAUAGACCACAGUUCUGUUCUUGAUCAAGAUUUUUCUAGAAACAUAUCGAGUCUGAAGAAUAGAUUUGAUUCCUUCCCUUUGCAAACUUUACUUCUGGAAGAAUGUUUUGAUUAUGAUAUCUCUCUUGACACGCUCCUGAAUGCUGGCAGCCAAGACUCCCGGAUUCCUCGAGGUAACCUGGAGCGCUUGAACCAUUUGCUUUCUGCAGUUAAGGGUCAGUCUUCGAAGACUGAUGUCUUGGGGAUCCUUUGCCAAAGACUCAUCGCUGCUUUCGCAAAUGCGAAUGGAUUUGAUGUGGUACUUUACGGCGACACUACGUCUCGGCUUGCCGAGCGAACACUUGCCGAGACUGCGAAAGGACGAGGCAGUCUUGUGUCCUUGCAGACAAUGGAUACGAGGGGCCAAGGCAAGUCAAAUCACGUCUAUGCGAUGCGAGAUCUAUUGAGAAAGGAGCUCGGUCUUUAUGCGGAGGUGGUUGACCCGCCCCUGAGCCCACUCAUACUGCAAACUGAGACUACGCCUCCGAUGACAUCUGCCAAACAUAACUCGAUUGAUGGCUUGAUGCGCCAAUAUGUCGAAUCGGUCGAGCUGCAGUACCCCAGUGUGGUCGCCAAUGUGGUUAGAACCACGGGGAAGUUGAAGAUCCCACAGAUUGAUGAAGGCACAAGAAAUUGCAACAUGUGCGACGGGCCUCUCUGGACUCGACCAUCUGGCCAACAAGAAAAACCAGAGUCACCCUCAGAAGAUCGAAAUGGGCUGCUUCGUGCAAGGGAAAUUUCAUUGCUCUGCCGCGGCUGCGAGCGAACGCUUCAGCCGACUUGA